UUAUGAACAAUUAGUUUAUCAAUUAGUAAAGAGAAUUCUUUAAUAAAUUAUAUUUUAUGCAGUUAUUCAAACUUUGUAUAUAUUUUCUAUUAUCAUUAUCCUAAUGCAAACUUCUCACCUUGAUGUUGAAGCAAUUUGAUAUAUUAAUAUUUUCUAUUUCAUAAGUUAAGACAGCUGUAUCUAUUUGAUUAUUAUUGAAGUCUUGGUGGUAAAAUUGUUUACAUAGUAGGAAAUAAAAAUACUACACUUUCUUUGGAUUACUUGGAUUCCAAUGUAUACUUUGCCGAAAUUUCAGGAUUUAAACAGAUUCCAUUAAUUGAUAUUAAAAAUAUUAAUCAAGAUGAGUACAAGCAAAUCAAGUGAUGAAACAAUUACAAAGGAACUAGAAAACUUUUGUCACAAAAUACCAAAAAUUGAAUUGCAUGCUCAUUUGAAUGGUUCGCUUAGCCGACAAACUUUAGCAAAACUUUAUAAAAUGAAACAUCCAGUAGAAACAGAAAAAUGUGAAAAGUUUGAUAUCGAGAAGUGUAAAUCAUUAACAGAGAUGUUUGAAGUAUUUGAUUUUGCUCACUCUGUAACAAAAACUGUAGACUCAGUGUACACAGCAACUUAUGAUACAAUCAAAGAGUUUUAUAAAGACAAUGUAAUUUAUUUAGAAUUAAGAAGUACUCCUAGAACAGAAAUUGAAAUGACUAAAAAGGAAUACUUAUUAGCUAUUUUAAAAGCUAUAGAAACAUGUAAGAAAGAAGUUUUAGAUAUUACUGUAAAAUUAUUGAUAUCAGUAAAUAGAAAACAAAGCUUCAAAGCUGCAAAGGAAAAUAUCCACUUAGCUAUUGAAAUGAGUAGAGAAUAUCAUGAUAUAGUUGGGAUUGAUUUGAGUGGAGAUCCUACCAAAGGAGAUGCUUUUAUUGAAUUACUUCAUCAGGCUAGAUCAGCUGGUUUGAAAAUAGCUGCUCAUUGUGCUGAGGUGGCCAAUGAAGUGGAAACUAUCGAUAUUAUCAAGUUCAAACCUGAGAGACUUGGACAUGGAACAUGUAUUCAUCCCAGUUCUGGUGGUACCGAAGAACUUUACCAAAUUUUGUUGGAGUCAAAAAUUCCAGUUGAAUUAUGUUUGACAUCUAACAUCAAAUGCAAAACUGUGUUAACUUAUGAUGUCCAUCAUUUCCAGUAUUUAUAUGAAUCAAAACAUCCUAUUUGUAUUUGUACUGAUGAUAAAGGAGUGUUUGACACAACUCUAUCCAAAGAAUUAGCCCUGGCAGCUGGGUACUUUAAUCUAAAUGAGCAUGAUCUUAUACAUUUGAUGAAAUCUAGUGUUGAUUAUACUUUUGCAACAGAGAAUGAAAAGAACAAAUUGAUAAACACUAUUAAUAAAUUUGCUAACACAUGUGCAUAGUU